AUGUCGAGCCUACUCUCCCCGUCGGAGAAUGAUUCUCCCGCCAUCCCAAACCCCCUACCGUCUCCUCAGGCACCGAAACCCACGCGCGUCUUGGCUUGCGUCUUGUGUCAGCAGCGCAAGAUCAAAUGCGACCGCAAGUUUCCCUGCGCUCACUGUCUCAAGCAGGGCUUGCAAUGCGUUCCCGCCACACAGGCCCGCAGGCGACGGCGGUUCCCUGAGAAGGAUCUCCUGAGGCGGCUCGCGCAGUACGAGGACCUCCUGCGCGCCAACAACAUCCGCUUCAAUCCUCUCCACCAGACCCCGAGCACUGCGGGGAAAGGGAACGAUGCCGGUGCUGAUUCUGAUAGUUCGGAUGACGAGCAAUCGCACUCGCAGUCGGCAGCGUCGCCAACACCGUCCUCGAAGCCUUUGGAUGUGUUUGAUACCAAGAGCAUCUGGCUAGCUAUUUGCCAGGAGGGACAAGCAUCAACCUCUGGAGGUCAAGUAGAGGGUGCCGACAGCCUCGAACGCACUGUGAAGGAUGCAUUGGAAAUGGAACGAGGCAGCGACUACGAUCUUUUUCUAUUUGGAUCUCCCCAAGCAUCUGUAGACCUCUCUACAUUCCACCCCCAGCCUGUCGAGAUAUUCAGGCUGUGGCAAAUUUACCUCGACAAUGUCAACCCCCUCCUCAAAGUCAUCCAUGUGCCCACCAUGCAAGGGCGCAUUAUAGAGGCCGUUGGCAACGUUCAUGGUAUCAGUCCUCCAAUGGAGUCACUCAUGUUCUCAAUCUAUUGCAUAGCCAUCACUAGUCUAAGCAACGACGAAUGCCAGUCCAUGCUUGGGAUGUCACAGACAGAUUUGCUAACCAAAUAUCAAUUUGGAUGCCAACAGGCUCUGAUGAAUGCGCGGUUUCUAGUUUCUAGGGAAAGAGAUACCCUGAUCUCUCUGUAUCUUUUUCUCCUAUCUCUCCGCCCCGAGAUGCAUCCGCGUUCACUCAGCGCAAUGUUCUCAAUCGCCAUACGAAUUGCAAAAGUUCUCAAGCUCCACAGAGAACCGCCGCUGGAGAGAUGUUCAGUUUUCGAGUCCGAGAUGCAACGACGACUUUGGUGGUCGCUGGUGCUUGAUGAUACUCGCCGCUGUGAAGUAGCCGAUGUCAGCGAUGAUGCUUCAUUAUCUCCGGCAUGGUCGCGCAAGACCCCUUCCAACGUGAACGAUUCCGAUCUGCGGCCUGAUAUGAAGGAAAUCAUAGCCGGCGGCGCCAAGGUAUCCGAGUCCAUUUUCGUGGUUGUCCGGAGUGAGCUGGCCGACUUUCUCCGUCACACGUCCGCGUUCCUGGAUUUCCACCACCCCAGGCUCAAACCUAUUGCAAAGGAAUUGCCAGAUGGCGGAUCUCUCCUCUCUUUGCGCAAGCGAAUAGAGAAUGAUUAUCUCCAGUACUGUGACCCAGAGAACCCCAUCCACUACCUGACGAUCUGGACAACACAUGCCUUCAUCGCCAAACAGCGCAUGAUACAAUACUACGCGACCCUCGCUCAUUCCGGCCUCCCGGCAACAGAAACCGAAAUGGACGAUGCCAUGGUUCUUGCCUUUGAAAUGCUGGAUUGUGAUACCAAGCUCUUGUCUACGCCCAAAACCAAGCCUUUCAUCUGGUUCAUAAGAUCACACUUCCCUUUUCCUGGAUACAUGCAUAUCAUCUAUGAUCUCAGACGCCGUCCGUUCAGCCGGCACGCUGACCGCGCUUGGGAGGUCAUGGCGAACAACUACGACUUCAGAAUCCACACCAUGUCCAGGAUGAAGGGCCCCAUAACCAAGGUAUUUGGAAAGUUCAUCCUACGGUCCUGGGAUGCCCGCGUAGCCGAAUGGAAAUCGGACCAACCGCUGAAAACUCCACGGAUCGUCCAGCAGAUAUGGGAAAUGGAGGCCAAGGACAACCCCCCUACCGAUAACAUGGCUUGGGGCAACCUGGGGAACACUCCGGAAGUGAAGCUAGAAGAUUCAUUCAGCACGAUGCAGCCGCUUACCUUCACCAGCAGCGACUUGUAUGAUCUCGCUGGGUCGGGGGGCAUGAAUGGGCUUAUCCCGGGCGACUACACCAACUUUUCAAGCCAGGGCGCUUUUGACUUUAUGACGGAUCAGUACAACUGGCCGUCGGGUACCUAG